AAGUACAAAAAAAAAAGCUCCACCCUUCCGUAAACUAAAUAGAAAUGAGUUGUUAUCGCAGACAAAUUUAGACUCCAGGCUGUAUCUAAAAACCACAACCGCAAGCGGCCGAGGGACAGUGUAGCUAUAGCCUUCCCUCUCAAAUACACAUACCCGUCGGGCUGUGGGACCCAGUCGCUGGGGCUGCUUCGGUCAGUGGUUCGUCGUGUGUUUACACUGCGUCUGCAUUGCGUGCGCUCACAGGACAACUUCUAACUUUGGCACUUAUUGACUAUAGCAACAAUACCAAAAUAAUUAUGAAGCUGGAGGUUCAGUGACACAGGCCCAGGUUUGUGGAUGGAGUCAGUGCGGGGGCCAGGGGCCACAGGAAGCCGGGGGCCGGGGGCCACAGGGGGUCUGUCCCGAGAGUACAAGCUGGUGAUGCUGGGGGAAGGAGGGGUGGGGAAGAGCGCCAUUAUCAUGCAGUUCAUUAGCCACAGGUUUCCUGAAGACCACGACCCCACCAUAGAGGACGCCUACAAGACGCAGAUACGCAUUGACGACGAGCCCGCCAACCUGGACAUCCUGGAUACAGCAGGACAGGCGGAGUUCACGGCGAUGCGGGACCAGUACAUGCGCGCCGGGGAGGGCUUCAUCAUCUCGUACUCCAUCACCGACCGGCGCAGCUUCCAGGAGGCGCGGCAGUUCAAGCAGCUCAUCUACCGCGUGCGGCGCACCGUGGACACGCCCGUCGUCCUGGUGGGCAACAAGUCCGACCUGGCGCACCUCCGGCAGGUGUCGGUGGAGGAGGGCCGGGGGCUGGCGCGGGAGUUCCAGUGCCCCUUCUUCGAGACGUCGGCGGCCUUCCGCUACUACAUCGACGAGGUGUUCGUGGCGCUGGUGCGCCAGAUCCGCCAGCGGGAGGAGGAGGCGUCCCGGGGGGGCGAGAGGAAGUCGCGGCGACACCACUCCUUCUGGACCCGCCUGAGGUCCCCCUUCCAGAGGAAACAGCACUCCGAGCACUGA